CAUGCUUGCACUUCCCAUCAACUUUGGUAAAUGGAUCGAAGAACAUGCUGACAAGUUGCAGCCACCAGUCAAUAACUACCUGGUCCAACGGGGUGAUUUUAUCAUCAUGGCUGUAGGCGGACCAAAUGCUCGAACUGAUUACCAUGUCAACGAGACUGAGGAAUGGUUCUAUCAGUACAAGGGUGACAUGUUGCUUAAAGUCGUUGACAAUGGUGAAUUUAAAGAUAUUCCAAUCAAGGAAGGUGAAAUGUUCCUCUUGCCUGCUAAUACACCCCAUAACCCAGUCCGCUUUGCAGACACAGUCGGCAUCGUUAUUGAACGUCAGAGACCUGCUGAAGCCCUUGAUCGCCUGAGAUGGUAUUGUGAACAAUGCAAGGAAAUUGUAUAUGAAGACUCAUUCCAUUGUGUGGACUUGGGCAAGCAACUUGCGCCUGUGAUCAAACGCUAUGCUGCAGAAAUUGAGCUACGAAAGUGCAAGGCUUGUGGACACACAAACAGCGCCAAGUAAAA